UUCACACGAGAGGUUGACAUCAAUAGACAUUCUCUAGUCUUCGUCCUUAGGAUGAAAAUGGACCAUUAAGGAAGGCAAAAAGAAAGUGGAAUAAUAUGAUGACUCUAUGGCUGUGCAACAUCGGCUACUCCUCAGACUGUGGGGACUGUAUGGAUGACACAGGAGAGACAGAAGAGAGGAGAGACAGCUGAGUUGGAGGCAAGGAAGAGGAACUGAGUCUUCCUUUAGCCUGGCCCUGACAACAGGAUGAGUCAGCAAGGUUGCAGAAUGCAAAAUGUGCAUGCGAGUAUGUGGGGGCUCUUACUGCUAUGUGCUGUGACAUUGGCAUCGGAGCCCAUAAUCGUAGAACUAGAAGCCUCUAUGCACUCCGCCCUGCUCUCAGACAUACAGACAUCCACAUCCAGAGCGGCAACAGCCCAGUCUUCUGGAUGUUCUGAGUCUAUAGCAGUGGUGGGCCAGAUGUUCCGGAUGAAGAUCCCAGUGGAGUCAUCUGACUGCCAUGACUUAAUAUUUGAGGAUGGCAGAGCAACAAUUCCUGCUUGGCUUUAUUGGGAUGAUGAGUUCUGUUUUCUGCAGGGUCUGCCACUAGAGGGCGAUAAAGGUCUGUACCGAUUCAGCUUGUCUCCAGCAGGAUUGCAAAGUCGUGACGGCAGUAUACACGGUCACCUGCUUCUCAGUGGAAGCAAAAUGAGUAGCACAUACAUUCACACACACCAAACAGAGCUCUUUACAAUCACAGUAAAUCCAGAAGACACAGAUCCUUCUCUGCUGCCACUGCAGACAGAGUUUAAUGCAACAUGUGUUUGUUCUAGUGGCCAGUCAGUUACUGUCCUAACUAUAAUCCUGGAUGCUGACCUCACAAAAAUGAACUCCAGAGAGCGAUUAGCACUGCUACAAAAAAUGAGUCUCUUUGCCAAUGUUCCACCGGAGCUGAUGCGAGUCAUGCCUGUUGUUAACAACCGUCUUUUUGACAUGACUGCCUUCAUGGCCGGGCCAGGCAAUGCCAAGAAGGUGGUGGAAAAUGGUGCACUUCUGUCAUGGAAACUAGGUUGUGCACUUGAUCAGAGCAACCUACCAGACAUUAGUGCAGUCCAGUUACCAGCCAAAGAUGGAACUAUGUCAGCUCUGCUAGGCUUUCCAGUGGUUGGCUGGUACAUUGUCAAUAAGAAACCACAAGUUUUUAAGCGAAUUAGAAGACAGAUCCACAACACUCCAACGCCUGUGCCAUCCCAACUUCCCCCUACCAUUUAUCCAGAACCUGCAGAACGCAUUGUGCCUAGCCCCACAUCUCCUUUCAUUGGUCCCACUACAGAUAUUUUGAUAAACCCUGCCCGUGGUCCUUUGCCAUUGCCAGUAAAACCUACCAUCCGGAUUCGGGACCAGGUGGCUUAUACACCCGUGCUGGGCCACCCUCUGCCCACUCGAAUUCUGGGGAGUACCAGCACUCUCUCCCUGCAGCCGACACUGACCCAUCCUGGUUAUGUGGAACCUACUGUCUCUGCCACCCCUCCAACCACUCGUCGACCCAAGACCUCCACCACAAAAAAGAGCAAGAAACAGAAGACCACACCUAUACCCAGGGAACCAAAAACUACAAUUAAACCUUCCAGGCGCACCAACCCUUUGAUCAACCAGAAACCUCAGCUCCAUAACCCUAUUGAUGAAGUUAAUGUGUGGGUUGGAACAUACUUUGAGGUGAAGAUUCCAGCUGACACAUUCUUUGAUCAAGAAGAUGGAAGCACAGAAAAGUUGCGGUUGUCACUGCGUCAGAGUCAAAAUCAAGCAGUGGAUGAGGGCUCCUGGAUUCAGUUUAAUAGUACCAGUCAGCUGCUGUAUGGCCUCCCUGACCAGAGCCAUGUUGGCCAACAUGAGUUCUUUAUGAUUGCCACAGAUAAGGAAGAUUCAAGCACCACAGAUGCUUUUGAGGUACAUGUUAACCGCUGGCCAUUUGAUGACCUGUCACCAGUUGUCUUUACUGCUCGUUUUCAUGGGGAGCCCAAAACACUGACCAGUGACAUCCACAAAAGAAUCCUAUUAAGCAAGAAACUUGCAUCUGCCCUGGGAGAUCGCAAUAGUAGUUCUGUCACUUUAAGAAACAUCUCCAGAGGUUCAAUCCUGGUGGAGUGGACCAACAGCAGCUUGCCCAAGAACCCUUGCCCACGAGAGCAGAUUCAGGCGAUGUGUCGUAGGAUUUCAGAUGGUCAGGGACAUCCCACUUCCUUAUUCUACAAUGCCAUGGAGCCAGAAUUCAUACCCAUCAACAUCAGUGUUCGUGGGGCCAAUAAAUGCCAAAGGUUCUCAUUUGUGCCACCAGGUGAAGUAUUCAUCCCCGUCUCUAUGGGAGAAAUUUCCAUUCCAGUGCCAUCCUCAGCCACGCCGUCAUCUGGCUCUGGCUGGCGUAGCAGUGAUGAUGUUUACUUGCACACAGUUAUACCUGCGGUUGUGGUGGCAGCACUGUUGCUCACUGCUGGGUUCAUUGCCAUGAUUUGCUACAGGAAGAAACGGCGUGGCAAACUGACCACAGAGGAACAGGCCACCUUCAUUAAAAAGGGUGUUCCAAUUAUUUUUGCAGAUGAGUUAGAUGAUGCUAAAUCACCCCCCUCCUCCAGCAUGCCACUGAUCUUGCGUGAGGAGAAGCCCCCGCUGCCUCCUCCUCAAUACCCCAGCUCUGCCUGUGGAGAGGGGUCUCUGCUCAACCACCAGAUCCUGGAGGAGUACAUCGCUCUCAGUGACGAUGACCCCAAUGCUCCCCCUUAUCAACCUCCGCCUCCCUUUACUAUCCCCACGGAAGGCAGAGGUUCUCGACCUAAGAAUAUGACAGCCUACAGGUGCCCUCCGCCCUAUGUGCCCCCCUAAUACAUAACUAGACCCCUCACAAUGAAGGACACAUGGACCUUAAUAGACAUUUCAAGUGGAAAUAAAAGUGUGAAUACGGAUUAUAUCAAAUGACUGGCUGUCUGUGUGGACAAAGCUCUUGCUUUCAAGGCAAGCUGGAUUAUUGUGACCAUGCUCCAAUCUACAAAACACUAUAUAGUACCAAUUCAAAUUCCUAAAUACUUUGACUGAAGCUCUCUUAAUCAGACUUUCUUAAAUCUCUGACUCAUCCAAAACGUCUGGACCAUUUAUUAUGGAGUGGGAACUGGGGCUUUUAAAUGAAAGCUCAUACACUCUAACAGACUCAAAAGCACUAAAACAGCUACUGCCACCAAGGGUCAUUUUAGAGUGUAUGUCACUUACAAAGUACCACUGGGCAGAGAUAAGGCACCACCAAAAUACAUCUGGUGUCUGUGUUGUAUGUGUUUUUGAUUUUUUUUUAAUAAUGAUCUUUUUUACUUGCCUGGAAGCAGCAUUUAUAUGGAGUAUUAUGUUUCUAUGCUGUGUGAAACAAAAGAAAAUUGCUGACUAUAUCUAUUUGAUCACUGGCAGCCUUAAAGGCAGAUAGAGACAUCUGUUAGUGUAAAUGAAUCUUUAAGCCUAAUAUAGAAUUUCUUUAACCUUUAUACAGUGAGGUAUAAGCCAUUUUGAUGUGCUUAAGUGUCUAGUGCCCACUGUAUAAAUCAAACAGCAAAUUCAGCUGCUAAGCAAAGUGAAACCCUAUGACCACAAACCUGUUUGACCUACAGGUUUGGUUCUCUAAACCAGAUUUACUGCACUUAAGACUAAAGACAUAAAUACAUAUGUAACCCAUUCACUUAUUAGUAGAUAACCAACCUGCCAGCAUGUUGCUGGUUAUAAUUUAGCCAAACAUUUGCUGACACUGAAAGCUUCUGUGAGUCUAGCAUCAGUGUAAGAGGCGUGUGAGUUGCCACCACACUUUGUAAACAGACUGCCCACUGUAAUUUUUGGAAUAACUUGCUAUCAUAUCAGUAUUAUUAUUUAGACAAAAAGAAAUCAGUUCCACUACACUGCAUCUGGUGAAAGCAUUGCAUUGCUCCUGACUGCUGUGUUUCCUCCUCUUUGUUGUAAUGUGGCAUUGCGUGUUUGUAUAUAAUUGUGUGCCUGCUCCAUUUGUGGGACCAGUAAAACUACAGCAAUUAGAGUAGAACAAAGAAAGGAUUUUAUUUUAAAAAAAAAACAUUUCCAAUAGAUAUGGUUAUGUUCUGAAACCAGAAAUGCAAUAUUUUACUGAAUCUGAUCUAACCAGAAUGUGUAUUAGCCCUUGUACUAUGGAUGUUUUGGAAAGACUGACAAGCCGAAGGAGAUUUGUGUUAGCUAGAUAAUAGUACAAAAAUGAACACAUGGAGCAAUUGAAAUAAUUCAGUCUAAUGUUUUUACUACAUUUUUGAUACGUCUGAAAUUGUUUAUUAAAAAAUAUAUUAAUAAAGCUGUACUAAAAACAA